AUGCGCGCGCCGCUCAUCGCGCGCGCGUUCGCGUCGUCCGCGCGCGCGCCCUCGUCGCGACGCGGCGCGUCGUCGUCGAUCCUCGCCGCGCUCCUCGAGCGCACGCCUCUGCGCGCGCUCGUCGACGACGUCGCGCGCGACGACGACGACGACGGCGCGAACGCGAAUGAUGCGAACGCGAACGACGACGACGACGCGAACGCGUCUGCUUACCGCGCGUCGCUUCCCACGGUGGUCGUCCGCGGCGUCCGCGGGAAGACGCCGAUGACGGAGCACGUCGCGCGGACGAUCGCGUCGCUGCGCCGCGCGCCCGUCGUCCUCACGCCGUCGUCUUCGCGCGCGGUGGACGAGCGCGGGCUCCUCGGACGGCGCCUCGCGGACGUCCCGCGCGUCUCCGUGCGAGUCGGCACGACCGCGCGCGCGCUCGCGAUGGCGUGCGACGACGCGCGGCGCGUCGCGGCGUCGACGGCGACGGCGACGGCGACGGCGUCGACGUCCGCCGCGGAGGAGGACGCGGCGCGGAGGACGCUCGCGUUCGAUCGCGACGCGAGGUUCGCGGGGGACGUGGACGUGGACGACGUCGAGCUGCGCUGCGUGGAGGAGCGAUGGCGCCGCGGCGGCGGCGGCGGCGGCGGCGGAGACGACGACGCCGCCGCCGAGCCCGAGCCCGAGCCCGAGCCGGCGGCGGCCGCCGCGUACGUGAUCGACGGCGGCGGCGGCGGCGUCGACGCGACGCUCGAGGUGCUCGUCGUGGACGCGCUCGCCGGCGCCGCCGCCGCAGCGGAUGAUGAGGCGCGUUCUAUACACUGGUCCCCAUACGACCGCGUCGGCGUGAACGCCCCUAAGGCCGCCGCAGCCGUCGCUCGGGCGGACGUCGUCGCGCUCCUCCACGCGAACCUCGUGGACCCCCCGACGCUCGCCGCGUUCGUCGACUCCCGCGUCAAACCGCUGCUCAAGAACGACGGCGUUCUGAUCGUCCGCGCGCGGAUGCGUCCCGAGAAGAUCGAACGCCUCGCUCGCUACGCGGGGGAAUCGCCGCGGCACGAGUGGACGCCGCCGCUGUCUCGCCUCCGCGGGUCGAAGGUGUUGUGCGUCGAGAGCGACGGCGCGGACGCGGGCGAGGCGCUGCGCGCGUGCCUCGAGUCGCUCGUCGCGCCCGCGGUGGACGACGACAAGAACGGGUACGGGCUGCGUCUGCGGGAUACGGGCGAGGUGGAGGCGGCGCCGGUCGGCGGCGGAGACGGCGACGCGGACGCGGACGCGUUCUUCACGGAGGCGACACUCGAACGCGUCGUCCGUCGGUACCGCGAGAUGCACGCCGUCUCCGGGAACGUCGGCGGCGCGGAAGCGCGGCUGGUGCUCACGGAGAAGGACGUCGCGAAGCUCCGCGGGUUGGGCGCGCGCGGGAUGAGAGGCGCGUGCGCGGUCCUCGCGGCGUGCGACCCGCUGGUGUUAUCGUCGCGGCUGGUCGUCGACGACGACGACGAGUGCGACGCGUUUCGCGACCGCGUCGAAGCCGCGCUGCUGAGCGUCCCGCAGACGCGAUACCAUUAGUUAGAGUAAGUAGUAGGAUCUAUCGUAGCGUUAUCGUAGACGUGUCGCGUGGUACACGUGUAGUCAUCGAAUCGCCGUGGCGGUUCGUAUUCUUAUUCGUCGCGUUCGUUCUGUUUGUUACAAGCUCUUCAGUCGGUCCGGCGUUCUUCUCAUCACAUUCUCUCCGUCGGCGGCGGCGUCAACCACUCAUUGGAUCCCCGCGGUAAAGUCCGGGAGCCAGUACAACGCGACCAGGCACGUCGCUAUGAUCUUCGUGGUGAUCCCGACCGCGCCGCUGACGUACUCCGGCACCCCCGCGACCUGCUUCAACUGCGCGCCGAUGAUGACGAACAGCGUCGGGAGUAAAAGACCGAGGGUGUCGC